CCCCAAAACCCCUUUUGCUAUAUAAAAUAUUGUGUUUAUGGAAUUGAUAAGAGCCAAUGGCAGAAAACUUCAGGAUAUCAGAGCAAUUGAUAUCAGCAUGAACCCAAUUAAGUAUGCUGACGGGAGUGCAACUUUCAAAAUCGGAAAUACCUCAGUAGUUGCUUAUGUUCAGGGUCCUCAUGAAAUUUUAUCAAAGAAGGGAAAGUAUACUGAUAAAGGAAUUCUAAAUGUAAAGUUCUUUAUGACUAAUUUCUCAACACCCCAACACAAGACAAAUGUCAAGAAAAACAUCAGAAUGACUGAAUUUGGAAAUCUACUCAAGAGUGUAUUUGAAGGUGUUAUCUUACUUAAAAAUUACCAAAAUUCACAAAUUGAUUUGCACAUUUGAGUUCUUGAAAAUGAUGGAGGAUACAAAUCAGCAGCCUUUAAUGCAGCUACCCUUGCAUUAGUUGAUGCAGGAAUCAGUCUAUCUCAAUAUGUUGUCUCAAUGAAUUCAGGAUUCCUUGAAUCUUUCACUCCAGCUAUUGAUCUUCAACAGACUGAAGAGAAAAAGCAUAAUUGAGACUUCUUAAUAUCAUACCUUCCAAAAACUAAGAAAAUUGCGUUCAUAGAGUUGGAUUCCAAAAAGUUAUCGAUCAAAGAGGUGAAUAGCUUGGUAGAACUUGCUAUAGAAGGAUGAAUGCACAUAAAUGAGAUCAUUGACCAGUACAUUCGAGAGAAUAUUGAAAACAAUCUUCACUAUUUUGCUUACGAAUAA